UUUUUUUCUCUCUCUCUCUCUCUCGAACUGUAGAGAGAGAAAAGCCUCCCAUUUUUUUUUUCACAAGGCAAACCUCUCUCUCUCUUUCAUAAACCCCAUUUACACAGAAUAGAGCCAAAAAAACCACCGCCAUUGUAAUAAGAAAGGAGAGGAGAGGUUUAGGAAAAAAAUGGAAGGUGUUACACCAAAGUUCGUGUUGCCGGAGACAUUCGACGGCGUGAGGAUGGAGAUCACAGGCCAACUAGGCAUGAUCUGGGAGCUUGUGAAAGCACCAGUGAUUGUUCCUCUUCUUCAGCUGGCCGUUUACAUCUGUUUGGUAAUGUCUGUCAUGCUUUUGUGUGAGAGGGUUUACAUGGGAAUCGUCAUCGUCCUCGUCAAGCUCUUCUGGAAAAAACCAGACAAACGUUACAAGUUCGAUCCCAUUCACGAUGAUGAAGAGCUUGGUAGCUCUAAUUUCCCAGUCGUCCUCGUUCAAAUCCCCAUGUUCAACGAACGAGAGGUUUAUAAGCUAUCAAUAGGAGCGGCGUGUGGACUCUCUUGGCCGUCCGAUCGUCUCGUGAUUCAAGUGUUGGAUGACUCAACAGAUCCUACUGUUAAGCAAAUGGUGGAAAUGGAGUGCCAAAGAUGGGCAAGUAAAGGAAUCAAUAUUAGGUAUCAAAUAAGAGAGAAUAGAGUUGGUUACAAGGCCGGUGCUUUAAAGGAAGGACUCAAACGUAGUUAUGUCAAACAUUGCGAAUAUGUUGUCAUCUUCGACGCUGAUUUUCAACCCGAACCGGAUUUUCUCCGCCGUAGCAUCCCUUUUCUCAUGCACAACUCCAACAUUGCCUUGGUUCAGGCUCGAUGGCGGUUCGUGAAUUCUGAUGAAUGCUUAUUGACAAGGAUGCAAGAAAUGUCGUUGGAUUAUCAUUUCACUGUUGAGCAAGAAGUCGGUUCAUCAACUCAUGCUUUUUUCGGCUUCAACGGAACCGCCGGAAUUUGGAGAAUCGCGGCGAUAAAUGAAGCCGGCGGGUGGAAAGAUAGGACCACCGUGGAAGAUAUGGAUCUCGCUGUCCGAGCAAGUCUUCGCGGCUGGAAAUUUCUCUACCUCGGUGACCUUCAGGUGAAAAGUGAGCUUCCAAGUACUUUUAGAGCCUUCCGUUUUCAGCAACAUAGAUGGUCUUGUGGACCUGCAAAUCUCUUUAGGAAGAUGGUUAUGGAGAUCAUAAGAAACAAGAAAGUGAGAUUCUGGAAGAAAGUGUAUGUGAUUUACAGCUUCUUCUUUGUGAGGAAGAUCAUUGCACAUUGGGUCACAUUUUGCUUCUACUGCGUUGUUCUCCCUCUUACCAUUCUUGUCCCUGAAGUUUAUGUCCCGAUUUGGGGUUCAGUUUAUAUCCCUUCCAUCAUCACUAUCCUCAACUCCGUCGGUACUCCAAGGUCGAUUCAUUUGCUGUUCUAUUGGAUUCUAUUCGAGAAUGUAAUGUCGCUGCACCGGACAAAGGCCACUCUCAUUGGUCUGUUUGAGGCAGGAAGGGCUAACGAAUGGGUUGUGACUGCUAAGCUUGGAAGUGGUCAGAGCGCUAAAGGAAACACAAAAGGGCUCAAAAGGUUCCCAAGAAUCUUCAAAUUGCCUGAUCGAUUGAAUACAUUGGAGCUUGGAUUCGCGGCGUUCUUGUUCGUGUGUGGAUGCUAUGACUUUGUGCACGGGAAGAACAAUUACUUCAUCUACUUGUUUCUUCAGACAUUGUCUUUCUUCAUCAGCGGGCUUGGCUGGAUCGGGACUUACGUCCAGUAGAGUUGUGUUCUUGUCAGGGAGAAAAAAAAGAGAAGGUUUUAGUAAUUUUCUUGGGAAAAUAAAGACAAUUUUUCAUGGAAAAUGACAAAAAGGAAAAUUAAUAGGGAAAUGGUUUUGGGGAGAUAGAUUGAAAGAGAAAGACGUACCGGUAACAAGUAGGAGACUUUUAUCAAAGACAAGGAAAGAGGAGAAGCUCCAACUCCAAAGUGUUCUUUUGAUUUAUUUUUAAUGUUCUGUGUUUUUAUUUAUUAAUAUAUAUUUUAGUUAUGGGAUUUGUCAUUCAGUAAUUGUGAGAUUUUUUAUUUUUUCUUCUUUGUUUUUUUUUCCUUUUGGUUUUUUUGAAAGUGUUAGUUUUUUUUUUUUAUGGUUUAAAAUUCAAGAUUCUGCGUGAGUCACAAGUGUUCGACUGAUGCAAAGGGUUCAAAAUUCCCUAUUUGUCAUCAACAAUUAUCCAUUUUAGAGUAAUUAAUUUAAAUUUAGUGAUUGUAUUUA